UCACUUUAUAGGGUGAUCAUUUAACGAGAGACGUUAUGAUCCCAGACGACAAAGGACGUCUGAUGUCUGCCCUUCAAGUGUUUAGUAUAUCAAUCGAAUAUCUCAGAAAACACGUAGUGGGAACACUUUAUGAAAGAAUGGCCGAUUUAGAACCAGGUGACAUUCGUUGGGUUCUGACUGUCCCUGCUAUAUGGAAUGACGGAGCUAAACAGUUUAUGAGGGAGGCUGCAGAAAAGGCGGGAAUCGCCAAAGAAAGUCUAAUUAUCGCCCUUGAACCAGAGGCUGCGUCCCUGUUCUGUAUGAAUCUGCCGGUCGACAAAAUUCAUGGAGGAUCCGAAACAAAAACACCGACGAUUUCACCUUUUACCAAAGGGACUCGAUACAUGGUCCUAUAUGUAGGAGGUAGGACUGUUGAUAUAACCAUCCACGAAGUUGUAGAAGAUGGUAGACGGAAAGAACUAAAUUACGCAAGCGUUGUCACGUGUAGUGGAGCGGGUGUUGAUGCGGCGUUUGAGAAAUUUCUGCGGAGUAUUGUUGAUACCGACACACAGAAGGACAAAUCCGUUUUCGACAAGUUCAUGCAGGAGGCCAAAGAAGAUUGGGUUGACCUAUUUAGAGAGUUUGAGACUAAGAAGAAAGGGAUAAAAGGAAAAGGAGUUGGUGAUGAAAGGUCAAAAGAGACAAUUAAAGUCCCACCUAGUCUUGCUGAAAUUUUCAAAGAUGUAACAGGCAAAAAUCUUAAAGACUUUAUCAAAACAAAAAAAGAGUAUGCCGACAAGGUCGCGUUGGCUGGCGACAAAUUGAGAGUCGAAGCAGGAAUAUUUAGGUCAUGGUUCGAUGAAUCUUGCAACAACAUAGUAAAGCAUGUAAAAGAGAUUUUUAAACAGAAAGCCAGCAAAAACACGAAUUCAAUUCUUUUAGUUGGAGGGUUUUCAGAAUCGCCGUUACUUCAAGACGCUAUCCGAACCAAUUUUCCUGACAAGAGACUUGUCAUACCAGAAGAAGCUGGUUUAGCUGUCUUGAAAGGGGCUGUAAUAUUUGGACAUAAUCCUGUGACAAUUGUCUCGCGCAUUGCAAGGUGCUCGUAUGGUAUCCUUGUCUAUCGAGAUUUCCAAAAUGGCGUCCAUCCGGCGAACAAGAAAGUAACGAUUGAUGGAAAAAUAAAAUGUAAGGAUGUGUUUGAUGUCCAUGUUAAAAAGGGACAGGAGCUCGUUGUGGGGGAGGCGCAAUCCAAACAACGUUACACGCCCCUUGAAGCAGACCAGAUAUCUUUAGUUUUUGACAUGUAUACAUCAACUGACGCAGAACCACUUUUUGUUACGGAUGUCGGAAGUACGUAUGUCGGCCAACUGGAAGUGGAUGUUCCGGAUCUUUCUGGCGGGAAAGAUCGCGGUGUGUUUGUUCAAAUGAUUUUUGGCGGGACGGAAGUGGUCGUAGAAGCCUGGGAGGAAAAGACAAAUAAACUUACGAAAGCAAAGUUUGACUUUUUAAUGAGUGAUGAAAAUGCAAGUGACUCGUGCUAAUGUGAAGAUGUACAGGUAUCUAGAUUAUGAAAACCAAGGACUUUUCAUGUCUUGAAAAAUGGUAAUAAUAUAUUCCUUCACAUCAUGUUUAAAGAAAAUUUAUGUUUCAAUUCAAAACAAUAUCACAUUUUCAAAAAGAACAAAGAAUAACAAAUGUGAAUAUACUUAUUUUGAUGGUCAAGCUAUUAAUGUCUCAUUCAGAUAAGAAAACAAAAUGACCGUCAAUAAAGUAGACAGGCAGUUUAGGAAUUUUUAUUAUUAAAUCUUAAUUAUACAUGAACAUUAUUAUAUUUAUAUUGUUGUUUAUAGAAAGAAACAGACAAAAGAGAGAGAUUUAUUUGGUCAUGACAGUCUUUUUUUCAUUCACCACUGGAAAAAUAUAUUAUCACAUUUAAGAUUACUGAAAUUGUUAAUUGAUCGAGAACAACUCAAAACAAAGGGAGACAAUCGCACAAAGGAAAACCGUAGAACCGAUAAGCGUUCUCCAGGAGAGGUAUACGUUCUUGGCAUUUUUGAGUUGCAGUGAAAGUUAGGCAUUGAUCAAGUUGUGAAUCUGCCAUUGUUAAGCGGCCAUAGUUAAGGCCGCUUACUUUUCUUCCCUGGCACUAAGUUGGAUAUCGUUGCUGAUCUAAUAAAAUAAUUGAGGAGCACAAGUGUGUGGAUUUUUCUUUAUCAGUUAAAGUUGCACGUUACCUUAAAAUGUUGAUGUUAUUUAGUAAUUUCAAUUUUUAUAAAGUUCAUUGAAAACGUUUACCUGAACGUACUUUCGAGAGUUGAGAGUUUCUGAAAAUUUCAUUUAUAGACGAUGUCCCUUUUUGAGUUCCGUGCUGUUUCAGGUUCAACAGUUCGUAAAUAAAACCUCAAAUAUCGCAAUUGUAUCGAUCACUGUCGAGGAAGCAUGGUAUAUAAAAAGUUCAAAACAUUUAUCGCCGACCGGUUUUGAUUCAGUUUUCUAUUUUCCCGACAUACUUCCGCAGGUCAAUGUAUUUGUUACAUGUCUAGGUGUUAUUUCGGGAAUAAAUGUUAUUACCAAGAAAGCUUAA